CCCAUUGAAAUCAGGAGCGUGCAGUGCGUGACUCUCCUCUCUUGACUAAAACGCCUCCUGUUCAGCCGACAGUCACUCUUCUUUUCAGAGUAGGCACUUUUCCUUUCAGAGUAGGUACCCGUUUAGCAGCAAAAGCUUUUCCGUUACCUGCAAUUCCCCAUCCUUCCCUGGUUUUGUUUCCUUCCACUAUUUGUCACAGUCAUGGCGGCGAGUGCGAAAAGAAAGCAGGAGGAGAAACACCUGAAGAUGCUGAGAGAAAUGACGAGUUUGCCUCCUAACAGAAAGUGCUUUGACUGCGAUCAGCGCGGCCCAACCUAUGCCAACAUGACGGUGGGGUCUUUCGUCUGCACCUCCUGCUCUGGCAUACUGCGAGGGCUGAACCCACCCCACAGAGUGAAGUCCAUCUCCAUGACGACCUUCACGCAACAGGAAAUCGAGUUUCUCCAGAAACACGGCAAUGAGUCAUGCAAACAGAUAUGGCUGGGGCUUUACGACGACAGAACUACCUCCAUACCGGACUUCAGGGAACCCCAGAAAGUCAAGGAGUUCCUUCAGGACAAAUACGAGAAGAAGAGAUGGUUUGUUCCCCCGGAGCAGGCCAAAGUGGUGGCUUCUGUCCACGCCUCCAUCUCCGGCUCGUCAGCCAGCAGCACCAGCAGCACCCCCGAGGUCCGCCCCCUCAAAACACUGCUGGGGGAGUCGGCCCCCACCCUGCACCUCAACAAGCACACGCCCAGUCAGUCUCCGGUGGGGAGCCGUGUGGCCCAGGCCCUCCAGCUGAGCCAGCAGCAGCAGCAGUUCCACAACAAGAAGUUUGACCUCCUCAGCGACCUGGGCGGAGACAUCUUCGCCGCGCCGCCCCACUCUCAGACUGCAGCAAGCUCGGCGGCCAACUUUGCCAACUUUGCACAUUUCAACAGUCAGCCAGCUGCUCAGAACGCAAACGCAGACUUUGCUAACUUUGAUGCGUUUGGGAGCGCGGGUCCAUCGGGUGCUUUCCCCUCGGCACCCCAAGCCCCCUUCCAGACCUCACAUACAGCGUUCACGUCCCUCUCAUCCAGCCGCAGUGUGGGUGAGUUUGCCACCGCUGGCACUGCUCUACCUCACCCGGGUGCAGGUGCUCACAGAGGUAGUGUCCCGAGCGGGGUUCCGGGCUCUCUCCCCCCGGGGGCGUCGGCAGGGCUGCGUCACCCCCAGAGUCAGCUGACGGGUACGUCGGCGGCAGACCGCUACGCCGCGCUGGCCGAGCUGGACACCGUGUUCGGCUCGGCGGCCCCCGCCACCAGCGUCUACAACACCGUCAGCACUUCACAAGGGGGGAUGUUUGGCCCUGUGACAGGAGUCUCGUCAGCCCAGGCACAGCAAUGCAUGUCCAGCAUGCCCCAGGGUUUUGGAGGUCUGUCAACAAACCCUUUUGCUGCUGCAGCGGUUGCCCCGGCGACAGCCACCACCAACCCCUUCCAGAGCAACGGGAGAGCAGCGGCCGUGGCGGCAGCAGGCCUGUUUGGGGGUCUGCAUGGGCAGGGUUACCCUCCAGCCCACUUUGCCACGUUUGGCACAGGGUCCAUGAGCAUGCCAGCCGGAUUCAGGACCGCUGCUACCUACAACCUCCCCACCAGCUUCAGUGGGACCUUCCAACCUCCUUUCCCUGGCCAGGCCCCCUUCCCCCAGCCUCCGGCCUAUCCCCAGCAACCCAACGGAGUGGGGUUUUCAGCCUAUGGACAGGCCAAGGCUGUGGUAACCCCCUUUGGACAGGCGAUGGCCGCCCCCGGGGUCUCUAGUAACCCCUUCUUGGCGGGCGCCCCUUCAGGACACUACCCCUCAGGAAGCUCUUCAACAAAUCCUUUCUUAUAGCGCUGCUCCACCCAAACUGGCGUGCUCCGCUCUCACCUCUUGCACUGUUUUGUUUUACAAGACGCUUUAAAAAGACAAACACUGUUUCUAAAACUGGUAUUUUGUAUUAUGUUUUAGGAACAAUGAUAACAACAAAGUGACGUAACUGACACCGUCCAUGGCAACAAAAAUCAAAACAACGUAAAGGUGUGUGGAGGGAGGGGUUGUUAGGGGCGGCAGGAAGCCUAGCGGUUAAGAGCAUUGGGCCAGUAACCAAAAUGUUGCUGAAUCGGUGGAAAAUCUGUCGCUGUGCCCUUGAGCAAGGCACUUAACCCUAGUUGCUCCUCCUGUAAGUUGCUCUGGGUAAGAGUGUAUGCUAAAUGUGUUAAAGGGACAGAGUCUCAUCCUCUAUCGAACCUGUGAACUGGCCCGGACUCAGCUGAGGCAUAUGUAUAUUCAAAUGGCUGAUACUAAGUUAUUGCAAAAUAUUCCUAUUCAUUACACUGGAAUUUUGUAGAUAUUUUUCUCUUAGUGGAAAUGAGCUCUGUGCAUAUCCGUAUUUGUACAUUUAACACAAGUGUAAGGGCAGAAAUGUUAUUUGGAAAAGCUGAGAAGACUGCUUUGAGUUGCUUUAUUUGUAAAGAGGAACCAAAAGGGGUUUGUGCAGCGCGAUAUCGGUAGGACUAUUUUUUUCAGAGGAAAAAGAGGAGAACAUGCAUUUCAUCAUUUAUUACAGAAGAGGGGGAGGAGUCUCCUCUUCUGUGAUUGGCCCCAAGGGCAGAGGCUCCACCUGGAAGGGAAUUGGCUCUCACCUAUGCUCUGACCUGUCCAGGUGGUUUACCACAAUAUAGACUGAAGACCACUGACUUUGGGUGUUAAAGAGAUUUAAGUUAAUGUGUGUGUGUGUAUAUAUAUAUAUAUUAAAAUGAAUUUUAACUAAAAAGAAUGACCAAACCAUGCCUUUAAAUUGCUGCACUGUACAUCUCCAUUUUCAUAUUUAAAUAUUGUAUCUAUAUAUAUAUAUAUAUACAGUGCCUUGCGAAAGUAUUCGGCCCCCUUGAACUUUGCGACCUUUUGCCACAUUUCAGGCUUCAAACAUAAAGAUAUAAAACUGUAUUUUUUUUGUGAAGAAUCAACAACAAGUGGGACACAAUCAUGAAGUGGAACGACAUUUAUUGGAUAUUUCAAACUUUUUUAACAAAUCAAAAACUGAAAAAUUGGGCGUGCAAAAUUAUUCAGCCCCUUUACUUUCAGUGCAGCAAACUCUCUCCAGAAGUUCAGUGAGGAUCUUUGAAUGAUCCAAUGUUGACCUAAAUGACUAAUGAUGAUAAAUACAAUCCACCUGUGUGUAAUCAAGGCUCCGUAUAAAUGCACCUGCACUGUGAUGUUCUCAGAGGUCCGUUAAAAGCGCAAAAAAAUACAGUUUUAUUUCUUUAUGUUUGAAGCCUGAAAUGUGGCAAAAGGUCGCAAAGUUCAAUGGGGCCGAAUACUUUCGCAAGGCACUGUAUGUCACUAUGAAGAUGUUGCAGUCUGAAUGUGGAGAUCUUGCUCAGGAGUAUGGCUGCUGGAAUAAACCAUAGACUGUGUAAAAAAUAUCAAA